AGGACUGCGAGGCUCCGCUGAGGAAGAGGUGACGUCCUCUGGAGGCUGGACCAACAUGGCGACCGUUCUGCGCCUCAUCAACAGAAGCAAGAUUGGUUCGGCGAUGGGACAACAGUACCUGACGUUCAGCUCCGCAGCGAAGGCUGGUGUUAAAGCGUGUCAAGUUCUUCCAGAGAAGGUGAAAAUAGUGGAGGUGGGACCCAGGGACGGUCUUCAGAAUGAGAAGACCAUCGUGCCAACAGAGACCAAAAUCCACCUGAUUGACUUGUUGUCCGAGUGCGGGCUGCCGGUCAUCGAGGCCACCAGCUUCGUGUCCCCAAAGUGGGUGCCACAGAUGGCAGAUCAGGUGGAGGUGAUGAAGGGGAUUGUUAGGAAACCUGGGGUGUCGUAUCCAGUCCUUACCCCCAACCUCAAGGGCUUCCAUGCUGCUGUGAAGGCAGGAGCUGCAGAGGUCGCCAUAUUUGGCGCGGCAUCCGAGCUUUUCAGCAAGAAGAACAUAAACUGCACCGUGGAGGAGAGUUUACAGCGCUUUGACGAGGUUAUGAAAGCAGCUAAAGAGGCUGGUGUGCCAGUUCGAGGAUACGUGUCGUGUGUUCUUGGAUGCCCGUAUGAGGGCAAAGUGGCACCUGAAAAAGUUGCACAUGUAGCGAAGCGUCUGUAUGCCAUGGGCUGCUAUGAGAUCUCCCUGGGCGACACCAUUGGAGUGGGGACUCCAGGUAGCAUGACUCAGAUGUUAACAGCAGUGACAAAGGAGGUGCCAGUCAGCGCGCUGGCAGUCCACUGCCACGAUACCUACGGCCAGGCCCUGGCUAACAUCCUUGUUGCCCUACAGAUGGGAAUCAGUGUGGUCGACUCAUCAGUAGCUGGACUGGGCGGCUGUCCCUAUGCCCAGGGGGCUUCUGGGAAUGUUGCUACGGAAGAUGUCGUCUAUAUGCUGCAUGGACUCGGGAUUCAAACCGGCGUGGACCUCUCCAAGGUGAUAUCGGCCGGAGCUUUCAUCUGUCGAAGCCUCAACAGAAAGACCAGCUCCAAAGUGGCACAGGCCACGUGCAAACUGUAGACGACAGCCCGACCACGCGCUCUUACACAAACUGCACAAACAUCUGACCAUGUAGCCUGGAGCCGUCGUCCUCUAUACGUUCCCUUCUCUCCUCUUUAAUUUUGGUUUGUGUGAAGAUAUUCUUUCGAUGUUUGAAUGUACCUGCCCCCACUCUCCGUUUCAAAAGGAAAUACUUGAUUAGAUAAUCGCUACAUGAAAGCAUCGAUGGAACAGUGCCUUAUGUAAAGUCUAAUCAUACACAAGCUACCUUUCAAAAGCCAUGCCUUUUUUGCUCACAUCAAUGGAGCAGUGGGUUAGAUAAAGUUAAAUAGGGAUAAUAAUAUAACAAACAGGAAAUGUGUCCCAUUAAUGGAUAAACUCACUGUUGGCGUCAGAAAAGACAGAAGUGUGGUUUUGAUUUUUGAUCAUUCUGUAUCUGCUGUGACCAUCAUCAGAUCAAUGAUCGAUCUCAGGAGAAUCUGUGGAAGCAUCUGUCCUAAUGAAUCUGGGCAUUGUGUUGAUUUGUGAAACAACGGGACUGUGCACUACUCCACUGUUUGUUUUACGUAUGCAGGAUCACUAGUUACUUUAAUGUGUUUAAGUAUUUAUUUUGAAAAGCCUGUACAUAUGCAACUAGAUUGUGAUUUUUGAAAAUAAACAUAUUUCAUUAACUUGUCA